AUGCGCCUCUCGUGGAGCGUGGCCCAGGGCCCCUUUGAUUCCUUCGUGGUCCAGUAUGAGGACACGAACGGGCAGCCCCAGGCCUUGCUCGUGGACGGCGACCAGAGCAAGAUCCUCAUCUCAGGCCUGGAGCCCAGCACCCCCUACAGGUUCCUCCUCUAUGGCCUCCAUGAAGGGAAGCGCCUGGGGCCCCUCUCAGCUGAGGGCACCACAGGGCCGGCCCCUGCUGGUCAGACCUCAGCAGAGUCAAGGCCCCGCCUGUCCCAGCUGUCUGUGACUGACGUGACCACCAGUUCACUGAGGCUCAACUGGGAGGCCCCACCUGGGGCCUUCGACUCCUUCCUGCUCCGCUUUGGGGUUCCAUCACCAAGCACUCUGGAGCCGCAUCCGCGUCCACUGCUGCAGUGCGAGCUGAUGGUGCCGGGGACACGGCACUCGGCCGUGCUCCGAGACCUGUGUUCCGGGACUCUGUACAGCCUGACACUGUAUGGGUUGCGAGGACCACACAAGGCCGACAGCAUCCAGGGCACCGCCCGCACCCUCAGCCCAGUUCUGGAGAGCCCCCGUGACCUCCAAUUCAGUGAAAUCAGGGAGACCUCAGCCAAGGUCAACUGGAUGCCCCCACCAUCCCGGGCGGACAGCUUCAAAGUCUCCUACCAGCUGGCGGACGGAGGGGAGCCUCAGAGUGUGCAGGUGGACGGCCGGGCCCGGACCCAGAAACUCCAGGGGCUGAUCCCAGGUGCUCGCUACGAGGUGACCGUGGUCUCCGUCCGAGGCUUUGAGGAGAGUGAGCCUCUCACAGGCUUCCUCACCACGGUUCCUGACGGUCCCACGCAGUUGCGUGCACUGAACUUGACCGAGGGAUUCGCCGUGCUGCACUGGAAGCCUCCCCAGAAUCCUGUGGACACCUAUGACGUCCAGGUCACAGCCGCUGGGGCCCCGCCUCUGCAGGCCGAGACCCCAGGCAGCGCGGUGGACUACCCCCUGCAUGACCUUGUCCUCCACACCAACUACACCGCCACUGUGCGUGGCCUGCGGGGCCCCAACCUCACUUCCCCAGCCACCAUCACCUUCACCACAGGGCUAGAGGCCCCUCGGGACUUGGAGGCCAAGGAAGUGACCCCCCGCAUGGCCCUGCCCACUUGGACUGAACCCCAAGUCUGGCCCGCAGGCUACCUGCUCAGCUUCAACACCCCUGGUGGAGAGACCCAGGAGAUCCUGCUCCCAGGAGGGAUCACAACUCACCAGAUCCUCAGCCUCUUUCCCUCCACCCCCAAAAAUGCACGGCUCCAGGCCACUUGGGAGCAGAGCCUCCUGCCACCCGUGUCCACCUCUUUCACCAGGAGUGGGCUGCGGAUCCCCUUCCCCAGGGACUGCGGGGAGGAGAUGCAGAACGGAGCCGGUGCCUCCAGGACCAGCACCAUCUUCCUCAACGGCAACCGGGAGCGGCCCCUGAACGUGUUUUGGGACAUGGAGACUGAUGGGGGCGGCUGGCUGGUGUUCCAGCGCCACAUGGAUGAACAGACAGACUUCUGGAGGGACUGGGAGGACUAUGCCUAUGGUUUUGGGAACAUCUCUGGAGAGCUCUGGCUGGGCAAUGAGACCCUGCACAGCCUGACACAGGCAGGUGACUACUCCAUGCACGUGGACCUGCGGGCUGAGGACGAGGCUGUGUUCGCCCAGUACGACUCCUUCCGCGUAGACUCGGCUGCGGAGUACUACCGCCUCCACUUGGAGGGCUACGACGGCAGCACAGGGGACUCCAUGAGCUACCACAGCGGCAGUGUCUUCUCUGCCCGUGAUCGGGACCCCAACAACUUGCUCAUCUCCUGUGCUGUCUCCUACCGAGGGGCCUGGUGGUACAGGAACUGCCACUACGCCAACCUCAACGGGCUCUACGGGAGCACAGUGGACCAUCAGUAUGACUGCCGAGCACUGAGGGGUCGCCCCGAGAGAAGAGCCAGGGUCCUUCACCACCCAGCCGCUGGAGGAAGCCUUCUCUGCCAGCGAUCUCGCAGCACUGUGUUUACAGGGGGGAGGGGAGGGGUUCGUACGGGAGCAAUAAAGGAGAAACUGAGGUACCCGGCUGGCAUCGGUCCUGCCCCAUCACUGGUUCUGGCCUGGGCUGUGGGCCCCCAUCCCCCGGGGCUGCAGCCGCACUUGGAAAGGCUGUAUCUUGAGGAUGACACUGCAGUGGGGCAGGGGCUGCAGGGAGGGCAGGGCGUCCCCGGAGGGCAGCAGCGUGAAGGCCUGCAGCAGUCGGGUCAGCACCACGAACAGCUCCAGGCACGCCAGCGGCUCGCCCAGGCACACGCGGGCACCGCAGCCGAAGGCCAGAGCUCUGGAGUUCUUGCCUGGCUCCAGGAAGCGAUCUGCGGGCGGGUGGACAGGUGGGUGGGGAGGCGUUCAGCGGCAGCGGGGACCAGCCUCCACCACAUUUUCACGGCAGGCCCCCGGCCCCCCACAUACCAGGCCAGAACUCAUGUGGCCUCUCCCAGACCGUCUCAUCCAGGUGGGCGCCUUGGAGGUUCGGAAUGAUGACUGUGCCCUCAGGGAUGUCGUAGCCGGAGAUGCUGAAGGGGGCUGGAGUUAGAGGCUGGCCAGGACC